CUUCCUCUCAGUUUUCAGACAAACGAAUAUGGGCAUGAAAGUCUUAAUACUUGUCGUGGUGCUAUGUGCAGUUGUGAACAGUGACGAGUAUGGACGCUCGCGACAAAUGCCGGAGUAUCUGAGGGUUAAGAGAGCGAAGUACUACUCGAGCCCGAGUAGGUUCUACAGAAAACCACCUCCGCCGUUCCUGACUAAAGGAGCGUUCUCAUACACGCCGCCGCCAAAUUACAUGGAGAGCGACGACCCGCACCCAGGCAGCUUUAGGCCCAAGGUUAGUACCAGUAAACGACCGGUUAACGACGGGUUAGGAGACGACGACAUUAACAAUCUCGUUAAACAUCUAUCUAAGCAGGAUUUGGAUAGAAUCAUCGAGUUCGCUGGAGAGAAAUAUGGAAAUCCCAUUGAAAAAUAUAGCACUUCAUUGAACAAAGUCAAAGAAAAUGACGAUGUGAGAAUAUACAAGGUAGCAGCUCAAGAAACGGAUCAAGAUCACCAGUUCGCACUCAAUGGUCUCUACAUUGGCAAUAAUGAACACACAGGCUAUGAAAUGGAGUACAAAUCAAUCAGUAAACGACCUGCAGACACUGACAAAUACGUAAACAACGCCAAUCAGUUCGCAAUCAACGGUCUUUAUGCAAAUGUUAACAAUGCAAACUUCCGAAACACCCCACCGCAAUUUCAUCCAUCACCUGAAAUAAAUUCUCAGGAGCUGGCUAACACCCCGUUAGACACGCAAGAAUCUAAGCACAGCGGUCAAUUUACGAUGUUAGACGCGUACAUUCAGAAGGAGUUGAAUGGGGCUGCUUCAGACAAGGUCGUUGCUUCGUUCACUGACAGUCAGGCGACACAGGAAGAGCAGUUGCCGAAGCCAGUGAACUUGAGAGAGGAUCACUAUGAGACGUCCAACACGGACAAUGUGGAAGUUGUGAAGCAGAGUUCGUACAAGCUAGAGAACUUCGGGAACCUUCCUCUUAUGGACUAUAGCUCUAAACGGGACACAGUUAGCUCGUAUCACGUACCACAUUACAGUGUGGUAUCCUCCCCUAACAACGCACCACCACCACCGGCACCCGCAUCCUACGGGCCAUCAUCAAACAUCAAGACUCCACCAAUAGAGCCAGCGCCGCCGGUGUCAGCCGCGAAGGAACAAAGCGAUGCCCAUCUCAAAGCAAUCAAGAUCUGGACGCACCGGUCUAAGGGAGCGGCGUAUACGCUGCAUGACGAUGGGAGUUUGUCAGUUGAAACGCCGGGACGACCAAAGCCGGCUUAUGGAUAUUCUUAGUUUAAAUAAUGUCAUUUUUCUGGAAUGAUUU